AUGAGUUUGAAAAAAGAGUGGCAAGCGUGGACAAAGUUGAUGGAUUCAAGCAAAGGGGUGUCAGGGAUAGGGUUUGACUGUGACACCGGUAUGUUUCAGGCACCUAGGGAGUGGUGGGACAAGAUGGAAUCGAUAAACAAGGUGUGUGCCAAGUUCAGGAAAAAAACCUUGGAACAUCGUGAGUUAAUGGAGACGUUCAUGGGGGCAUCAACUACUGGUCAGCACCAUUGGACCCCGGGAGAGAAACUUCAUGAAGCUGCUAAUGACUCAUCUGAUUCAGUGCAUAGUUUAGGAGCCCAGCCAUUUGCUGAUCCGAGACCCGUAGGAGUACAAGACGUGGAUUCAGAUUCUUCACUAGAGCAUGUUCCGAUUGAAAAAGGGAAAAGGAGAAAGACACCAUCAACAAGUGUUUCAAAGUCGAAGAAGGCAACAAGUGGAGCGUCAGUUAUUGCGAAAAACAUGAAUAAUCUGACAGAUGUUGUGCGUAUGAAGAAUCAGCAGGUCACAGUGAGGCACCUCACAGACAUGCAUUGCCUGACGAGUAUUCCAUCCCUGAUUGGAACGCCGUUAGUCCAUUUUGCCUCGACACUUAUGGGUAACGCCGAUUACUGGGAGGUGAUGAUGUGCCAGCCUGAUGACGAUCACAUCAUAGGGUGGCUUACACAAAAGCAGCUCCAGUGUAUUGCGUCGGCGCCUUUUGCAAACCUGUUUCGCAUCAAAGAAGACGUGAUGAAUCCCUGGGAUGGAAGCAACAAUGAUGAUUUAAGGGAAAUGCUUAAUCAAAUGGCGGUCCAGGACUGUAUUGGAGCAAUAGACGGAACACAUGUAAGUGCAUGGGUUACAGGGCCAGAGGCGGCAACAUAUUUCGGUAGGAAAUACUAUCACAUGCAAAAUAUCAUGGCCGCAGUCGAUUUUGACAUGUGUUUCAUCUUCAUUUCGUGCAGAUGGGAAGGAAGUAUGCAUGAUAGUCGCAUCUUCAACGAGAUACUUACAAAUGACAAUGUUCCAUUUCCACAUUCUGACGAAGGCAAAUAUUAUCUUGUCGAUUCUGGCUAUCCAAACUGGAUAGGUUACUUAGCACCAUUCAGAGGCAGCCGUUAG